UUUUGCAAAGGUUUAAUCAUAUAUAUAUUCUGCUAAAUAAGGUUACCAGAGAUGGAUAUUGACACUCCACGUUUCCUUCAAAUGAUUUCAACUUUGGUUCUCAUUCUAGUUUCUGUUCCAUCACUGACUUCAGCGUCUCUCAAAGUAGGUUUCUACACCUCCACAUGUUCAUCUGCGGAGGAAAUAGUGAGAAAUGCCGUAAACAAAGGAAUUUCUGAAAAUCCUGGCAUAGCUGCUGGUCUCAUUAGGAUGCAUUUCCACGACUGCUUUGUUAGGGGCUGUGAGGGUUCUGUGUUGCUAGCAUCUACCCCGGGUAACCCAAUAGCGGAAAGAGACCAUCUUGCCAACAACCCAAGCUUACGUGGGUUCGAGGUGAUCGAGGAGGCCAAGACACAGUUGGAGGCUGCAUGUCCUGGAACGGUGUCGUGUGCAGACAUAUUGGCUUUCGCAGCACGAGACAGUGCUCUUAAAGUUGGCGGCAUAAACUACGACGUUCCAUCAGGACGCAGAGACGGUCGUGUCUCUAUCGCCGACGAAGUGGCACAGAAUCUACCUGCACCAACCUCGAGUGCCGCUGAACUCGUGAGUAGAUUUGCACAGAAGGGUUUGAGUGCAGACGAAAUGGUGACACUUUCAGGAGCUCAUUCGAUCGGUGUGUCGCACUGUUCCGCCUUCUCGAAGCGCUUGUACUCUUUCAAUGACACGUUCACGCAAGAUCCCUCCAUGGACUCUUCCUACGCCGAAACGUUGAAGACCAAGUGCCCUGCGCCACCUGCCACCUCAGACCCAACACUCUCUCUUGACCCUUCCACUCCGGUUCGUUUGGACAUCAAAUACUACGAGGGAUUGAUCAACCACCGUGGCCUGUUGACGUCGGAUCAGACGCUGUUCACCACCCAGUCCACAAGAGACAAGGUCGUGAACAAUGCAAACAACGGUGCAAGCUGGUCUGAGAAGUUUGCCAAGGCAAAGGUGCAAAUGGGUUCCAUAGAAGUGCUCACUGGCUCCAGUGGCGAGAUCAGGAAGCAUUGCAGCUUUGUUAAUUAA